CAAACUAAGAUAUAGUUCUUUUAAAAUGUUCUAAAAUGUGGUUAUUAUAGCUGAUCUGAAAACAAGAAAAUGUUGUUUUAUGUGUCUCUUGUUCUCUUUGCUGCAGUUGACAGAGGAUUGACUGAAGAAGAUCUGGUUUUUAUAACUGGCGGUUUUGUUCCAGAUUCAAACCAAAUUAUGGACAGUUAUGAAAUUUAUACAGGGCAUUUGGGAGAAAAUUAUGAGCUCUGUGAAUAUAAACUGGACAAAGUUAACGAUGCAGCUGCCGGUUCAGCAGGAAUUUAUCUCCCCAAUCAUGGAUUGUUUAUCUGCGGAGGUGUUAAAGAAGAUGGUCGAUUUGCUCAAUGCUCUAACAACAAUUUAGAAGAAUGGGCCUAUUUUAACUAUUCUUCUAGUACUGGUCUCCAAAACGGUGUCACUGAAAGUCAAAUGCUUCUCUUUAAAAAUUCAAAAUUAGACCCAGGUUUUCUGCAUAUAGGAGGACAAUCUACAGAAGAAUAUCACAGUUCAGUCUUUGCUUUUGAGCCAAAAAAGGGAAAUAAUGCUACAGCGUGGAAUAAGAUAGGAUCAUUUACCAAUACAAAUGAAGGCAGAGUGUUUGCUACAACCAUUUUCAGUUCUGAAUUUAAUAAAGUUGCGCACCUAAUCUUCACUCCUAAUUCAAUAACAGCCUGUUAUUGCAUGACUGAAGUCAAAUUUUGUGAUGCUGAUGAGAAGAAUUGGAAUUGUGUAGAAUUUAAAGAAGAAUUUAAACAUCCUGCAGGCGUCACAACUAUUAGAAUUAGCAGUAAUGACGAGGAGGCAGCAGUUUUACUAACAUCUAGUGGAAACUAUUUGGUCACAAUCAGAGAUUGGAAAUAUUUGAAGCCAAUAUUAAACCUUACUCUUAUCUCAGCUGGAGGACUAAGAAAUGAAGGGUCCCUCGUGACCAUCAAUGAAGUUGCAACAUAUUUUGGAACUGAUGUCAUCAAUGAUGAAAAAGUGUAUAAUGCAGUUAUUCAAUAUGAUUACACAACAGAUAAAUGGAACAGACUUGAAUCCACGGUAUCGUCAAGACGGGAUCAAACUGUUGUGGUCAUUCCAGAAUCAUGGCUUUGUAAACACACAGCUACUACAGCUUCUCCAAGCACUACUGCAGCAUGUCCUAUGGCCGGAACAUGUUUAAAACAAGAUUCUAGAGGAAUACUCUGGGAAGCAAAUUUUGGUGAAAGAGUGUCAAAGAACUGUUUUUUAGAAAGUCAAGAGGAGGGUGCAGAAGCCUUUUGGUAUUGUGACGGUUGUAUUGGUGGGUUUAGUACUUCUGAACCAGACAGAUCUGCUUGCAUUGACCCAUGGAUCAUGAAUGUAGAGGAAAUGCUUUCAAAUGGAUCAUCUGCAUUCAGCAUAUCUGUAAGUCUGGUUAAUAACCUUGCCAUUAACAAGGAUUCAUAUGGUGGAAGCAUCUUAAAACUUGGUGAUGCUUUGACUAAAGUGUUGGAUAAGAGGAAAAAUGAGGAUAUUGAUGACAAUGACAUGUUUACUUCAAACCUCAUCAACUCAACAGAUUUGAUUUUUGGAACUUCCACUGGAUGGAAGGAAAUUGUGGUAGAGGAGGAGAGAAGUGGAGUUGUAUCUAAGUACCUCGAAGCGUUAGACUAUACAGGGUUUCUGUGGGCGGAAAAGAAGUUAACCAGAUCCAGAUCGGAAUGUAAUGUAAAAAAUUCAUUUCUUUUCAGUAACUUAAACUUAAUAGCAAAAGUAGCUGAGGUGAAUGAGAACAAUGAAAUUGAAGAAGAGUGUUUCAGCUUUGGGCCUGGGACUAUUUGUAUUCCUCUGACUAAAGUUCAGGAAAAGGACAUGGUAAAGUGCAAUGUUCUUGUGGCAACUAUGAUCACAACAAAAGAAGAUAAGGAACAAGAUUCAUCAUUCAUUUUCCCAAAUGCUUUGCCAAAUAAUCCAUACAGGGAAGAUGAGGCACAGAACGAGAACUACUAUGAAGGAAAAAGUGUGCUUGGCAAAGAAUUAAUUGGUCUAACAAUUAAUAACAAAACCCAUCCCAUCUCACCAUCUGAUGAUAGUCCUAUCAAAAUUACAUUUAAUCAUCAACUUUACUUGAAUAAGGAGGGUUGUUUAUUUACCCCACGCACUCCAGCUUGUGUAUUUUGGAGUCUAGAAACUAGCACAUGGUCAUCUUUAGGAUGCAAGGUUGAUCCAUUGUCUACAAGAGAUGAGACUAUAUGCCUUUGCAAUCAUCUGACAAACUUUGGAAUUAUGCUGGAUUGGGAGGGAGAUGCUCCUGCCAAUGAUCAAACCUUAAAUGGGAUAACUUCAUUUCUUCUUGUUUUCUCAUGCAUCGCUUUGAUUAUGACAGAGGUUCUAUUACGAUGUCAGAGGAAGGAUGCUAGAAACCAGCUCAGAAAAGUUGCUGAGACAAACAGAAAUAUUCUGCUUUUUAUUGCACAGACAGCUUUUCUUUUUAUGGCAGGCAGUUACUCCUCUGUGUCCUGCACAGCGUGCCAAGUUUUUGGAGGGAUGAUUCACUUCUUUUGGUUGACAUUCUUUGCAUGGACAGGUGUAAUUAGUGUGACAAAAAAGAUGUACAGUGUCCAUAUAUAAUGAAUUUGAUCCACG